AUGAAGACUCGAGCACUGACUAUCAUGGCUACAAGGGAACAAGACCAAAGCUUAGUGGCAGAUUUUGCCGACAAGCUGGGCAUCACUGACGACGCAAUCCCAGCCCUUGAAUCUACAAGCGGCAAUAAGAAAUCAAGGGGUUACAUUGUCCCUGCAUUUGGUUGGCAUCCAUGGUUCUCUCAUCAAAUUUUCGUCGAUGGGAAAGGUGUAAUCCCUAGUAAACUCAAUCAUUACCGGAUGGCCAUAUCGCCCUCACCAGAAAAUGAUGAUGAUUUUAUUGCUACACUUCCUGAUCCUCGACCACUGUCCCAUCUACUCGAUCAGACUCGCAGUUACCUUCAAAAGUAUCCUUAUGCGAUUGUGGGCGAACUCGGACUCGAUCGUGCCUUCCGUAUCCCUGGAAACGAGUUGGCAGACAACCGAUAUGAGAGGGAUCCAGCUUUGACGCCCGGUGGAAGAGAGGGCCGACGACUGUCACCUUACCGCGUUGAUAUGCACCAUCAACGGAAAAUCCUGAAGGCGCAACUCAACAUCGCCGGAGAACUGCAAAGAGCAGUUUCUGUUCAUGGUGUAGCUGCACAUGGAGUAGUCUUCGAAACCCUGGAAGAAACCUGGCGUGGACAUGAGAGACGAUCUCUGAGCAAGCGCGAAAGGAAACGAAGAGCAACGCUUGAUGCAGCACACCAAGAAGAAGAAUUUUCCGAGGCAGAUGAACAGAGCUCCAAUUUAGGUGGUCCUAAGCCUUUUCCUCCUCGAAUAUGUCUUCAUUCAUACUCUGGGCCCGUAGAUACCCUCAGACAGUACCUCCACCCAUCAGUGCCUGCAAUCAUCUUCUUCUCCUUCUCUCUUCUCGUCAACUUUUCCUCUACCUCAAGCAAGGCCGUCGCUGCCAUCCAAGCAGUGCCUGAUGACAAAAUUCUCGCUGAGAGUGACCUACAUGCCGCUGGAGAGAAGAUGGAUGGCUUAUUAGAGGAUAUUGUCCGAAAAAUCUGUCAAAUCAAGGGUUGGACGUUGGAGGAAGGCGUGAAGCAAUUACGAUCAAAUUGGUGGCACUACAUAUUCGGAAAGAAAUUAGGGAAUGAGGAUGGCGCUGAAUAA